GAGUAUUCAGGUUGCGUUCGAUGAACAUCCUGUUUAUUGCAUUGGCAGUACUGACGGAAGCCUUUGCAAAUCCCAACAGCAAAGAAGGAAUUUCCAGAAACUCGAUCCUACCUAGUCUCCCUUCCAAUCGUUCUAACACAGCACAAUAUGGUUAUUGCGAAAGUGGAUGGAUCUACUUCGAUGAGACGGACGCUUGUUAUAAGAAUUUCUUUCCGGCAACUUUUUACGACGCUGAGAGCUUAUGUAGAAACUCCGAAGGACAUCUGACUUCAAUUCACAGCCAUACAGAAAAUUCUUUCGUAGCCGCGUUGUCAAAGAUGGGUAUCAGAAUGAGUACCAAUAAGCAGGGAAUUUGGAUAGGUCUGGUACGAUACGGGAAAGAUAACUGGACGUGGACUGACGGCACGAAAGUUGACUUUCUCGCCUGGGGACCGGGGGCUCCAAAUGACUGGGAAGCCACAGAAUGCUGCGUGUCGAUGCUUCCUGAUGUUUUCGAAGACAAAUAUGGUCUAGAUUUAUGGUACCAGAAAUGGGACGACCAAUAUUGCGCCGUUAGUUUAAGAUCGUUUGUGUGCAAGAAGAUGGCUUUGCAUCAUACAUAGCAACAAUAGUGCAUUUGAUUCUGUAAACGGCAGCCUUUACAACAUCUCUUAAACCCUCAGCUUCUGAAACAAUAAAUUAUUCAC